AUGGUCACCGUAACUUCGAGGGAGGAGGUGGAUGCCAUUGUGCAGUGUGGCCUGAAACUGCGAUCCACACACGAAACGAAAAUGAACGCGGUGUCGUCUCGCUCGCACACGGUUUUCACCAUCCACGUUUUUCAGCAAGCUCGGGAUUCGGAUGAAGUUAUCUCCGGGAUGCUUAACAUGGUCGAUCUGGCCGGAUCGGAACGACUGAAGAAAAGCGAGUCGGAUGGCCAGCGGUUGAAGGAGGCGCUGCAUAUUAACUCGAGCUUAAGCGCUGUAGGCAAAGUUGUCAUGUCGCUGGAUCCAGAGAGUGGCUACAACUACAUCCCUUACCGAGACUCGAAACUUACCCGUCUCUUGCAGAACAGUAUUGGCGGCAAUUGUUUCACUACAUUGAUUGCAACCAUCCACCCGAUGAAAGAGCACUACGAAGAGUGUUUGGGCACGCUACAGUUCGCUAACCGAUGCCGAUCCCCUCGCGUAAACCACAUCAAUGGCACUAUCGCAGACAAAGACCGGCGCAUUCGUAAGCUUCAAGAGGAAUCGAGCAUCUUACGGCGGCAGCUCGAGGGGCUGCGAACCGAGUACAACAACAGAUUCGUCGCCACACUCAACGAACUCGGCUUCCAAGCCGAGGAAAUAUCGGAAAGCGGCGAAAUUAAGUUUGCGGAUGGUCUGGUGCUUAAGUCUGUUUUCUCAGACGAGGACCACGGACAAAGUGCUGUAGAUUCGAAAACUCGGAACGACAGAGACCGCUUACGGCAGAAAUAUGCCAAUGCAAAGAGUAAUUUCGCGGUGGUUGUGACUGAAGCAAAUAAAGACAAGGAAAAUGCGAGACAAACUAUUAACGAACAGAAGCGACGGAUUGCCACGCUGCAGAGCUGUUUGCAGCAGAAAACGAGUGAAUAUGAUCGCGCAUUGGCAUCCGAGGCAGCACGACAUCGAGACGAAAUGCAGACUCUUGUUCGCCGUGAUAACCACAUGCACUCCAGUAGUGAAAAGAUGCUCAUCUACCAGCAAUCCAUCAUUAAUCUGCAAGGUGAGGAUUGCGACAAUUCAAAAGAUCGUGAAAAGCACUUUGAGCAGAAACUUCAACAUCGAGUGGCAGCUUUGCAGAAAUCGAAAGAAAAUGAGAUUUCUCUCAUUCGACAACAGUAUGAACAGUCUCUAGCGAGCAAAAGUGAAGAACUCAACGUCGCAAACAACAAGCUACAGCAACUACAGCAGACCACCACCGACACUGUGGAUAAUAUCCGUGAGGACUGUCUGGACCUCUACACAUACGUUGGGCGGCUAGUAAGCGCAGUGGAUACAAGUCAACGAACAUUUGCAUUACCGAAGAAUAUCCUUGCAGACCCAACGAAGCUCCGACACGUGAAAGCUAUUGUAUGA